AUGGCCGACUUGCCGCCGUCCAGUAGGAACGACUUUGGGGCAUGGCUCGUGGGCUCGUUCGUCGGUACAUUAUUGGAAGGGAUGCUCCUUCAAAACACAAUCACCUACUUUCGACGAUACCCCUCCGACUCUGUGUACCUAAAGUCGUGGGUCGCAAUCGGCGUACUACUGCAGACGCUCACGACCAUCUUCACGAUCCAUUCAUGCUAUUUUUAUUCCGUCCAAAACUUCAACACUCCCAACAUUCUCCAGCAUGGCGCCGUGUGGUCGUCAAAGCUCGUCCCUAUCGUUGGGUCGAUCAGUCUUCUAGUAUCCGAAAGCUUUUUCGGACAACGCGCCUAUCUAUUGAGUGGAACGAAGCUCCGCAUCCUCGCAGCGACAGCGAUGGCCAUGGUCGUUACGGCGAUAGGUGUCGCAGUCCAAGCCUUCGAGAUCAACGACCUAUCCAAAUCUGAGAGCUCAGGAAGUUGGCUUGCGGCAACCGCGGCCGGGCUGCUACUUGCAGGAGACAUAAUCUUGACUUCAGUGUUGAUCUAUGUCUUCCAUACCAGCAGAACAGGUGGCAAGCGGUCGGAUACAGUGCUUGACGUGCUUAUCAAAUAUACCGUCAGCUCUGGCCUAUUGAACUGCGUCUUCAACCUCGCAUCGAUCGCACUGACCGCCGCGUUCCCCCGCGGCAUCAUUUUCGUGGCCACUAUCCUCGUUAGCCAGCAAGUAUACACGAAUUCGGUCCUCGUCGCCCUCAACUCGAGAAGGCGCUUAAGGCGGGGCAUAGAGGGCUGCACUUGCGACGCCGGCAACCCUACCAGCACGCUACGCUUCCAGACCGGGACCGUCCUCGCUGAAAACUCGGACCCGACUCGCAAGGCUUCACACAACGCGGGCAUCACUGCUGUCGCGCAGACCCCGGAGCUGCACUCGCCCGCGAUAGACAACGUGGACGGCGGGGAGCUCAUCGCGGACGCAGGGACCACUCUGGAGCUGCACGAGACGGACGACUUUCGGAGACGACAUGAGCGGUCGGAGGACCCGUCGUCGUCGUCGAUUCUCGUGUAG